AUGACUACGGCAUGGAGCUCUCAAGAGAAAGGAAAACUUCCUGCGCAACCUCAACCCAAUCCACAAAGUCAGCCUCCACAAGGGGCAGUUGAGAGUUCAAAUGUGAGGCAAGUGAAGGCGGUCACCACUUUGAGAAAUGGUAGGGUGGUGAACAUUCCGGCUCAAGGUUCAGACAAGGCUGGUAAGGUCUCUAAACCUGUACAAAAUGAGGCUGAAAAUGGUGAGUUUGAACAAAAUGAAACUGAAACUGAAAAGAUUUCAUGUCCUGUACCUGCUCUUUUUCCUCAAAGAUUGGUCCCUCUGCACAAAGACAAACACCAAUCUGAAAUUUUAGAAAUAUUCAAGCAUGUCAGUGCCAUAAUUCAGAGCAAUACCCCACCAAAAUAUAAAGAUCCCGGUUCACCAACAAUUGCUUGUGUUAUAGGAAGUUCAAAAAUUGGUCAAGCAUUGUUAGAUCUUGGUUCAAGUGUGAAUUUACUGCCUUAUAAUGUUUAUGAGCAACUUGGUUUGGGGGAAUUAAAACCAACUCCUAUCAUUUUACAACUAGCGGAUAGGCAACCUCAAGACUUGGAAGAUGUACAAGAAGUGAAUUUGUUGGAAAGCAUCCUUGAGGAGGAGACUUAUUUGGCAUACCAGCCCACUAACCUGCUGUUUGAGUUAGAAAAUUUUUGUGAACUCCUCACUGAUGACACCCCCAUUGAUGUUUCUCAUGUUUUUAAUGCAGAAAAUAAAUUGGAGACUAAAUGGAGGCCAAAGAUUGAGCAACUCCCACCUUUGACAGCAAAUGAAAUUCCAAUACUAGAGCUGAAGCCAUUGCCAAGUGACUUGAAAUAUGCAUUUCUGGGACCGGACAGCACCUUCCCAGUGGUGAUUUCAGCCCAACUCUCUCAUGACCAAGAAGGGAAAUUGAUGGAAGUCUUAAAGCAACACAAAGGUGCCAUUGGGUGGAAAAUCGCAGAUAUAAAAGGUAUAAAUCCUCUUAUGUGCACUCAUAGGAUUUAUUUAGAAGAAAAUGCUAAAGUCUCUAGGGAGAUGCAAAGGAGAUUAAAUCCUACCAUGAAAGAGGUGGUAAAAACAGAGAUUUUGAAAUUACUUGACGUGGGAAUCAUAUACCCUAUUGCGGACAGCAAGUGGGUAAGUCCCAUUCAUGUAAUACCAAAAAAAUCUGGGCUUACCAUUGUGAAAAAUGAGAAAGAUGAACUGAUUCCUACUAGGAUUUCUACUGGUUGGCGAAUGUGUAUAGAUUAUAGGAAGUUGAAUGCCGCCACUAGGAAAGAUCAUUUCCCUUUGCCAUUUCUCGAUCAAGUGCUAGAAAAAGUUGCGGGUCAUGAUUUCUAUUGCUUUCUUGAUGGAUAUUCUGGUUUUUACCAAAUAGAAAUUGCCCCCGAAGAUCAAGAGAAAACAACUUUUACUUGCCCGUUUGGCACUUUUGCAUUUAGAAGAAUGCCUUUUGGACUAUGUAAUGCACCAGCUACUUUCCAAAGAUGUAUGCUUAGUAUUUUCAGCGACAUGAUUGAAAACUGUUUGGAAAUAUUCAUGGAUGAUUUUUCAGUGUUUGGCAGUUCUUUUGAUACAUGUUUGACUAACUUACAAGCUGUUUUAGCCAGGUGUGAAGAGAAGCAUUUGCUUCUCAAUUGGGAAAAGUGUCAUUUCAUGGUUCAACAAGGUAUAGUUCUUGGUCACAUAGUCUUAUCAAGAGGUAUUAAGGUUGAUAAAGCUAAGAUUGAACUUAUUUCCAAGCUUCCUAGACCAAAAACAGUGAAAGAAAUCAGAUCAUUUCUUGGGCAUGCUGGGUUUUAUAGGCGAUUCAUUCAAAAUUUUAGUUCUAUCUCUAAGCCCUUGUGUGAGUUACUUAUACAUAAUGUUGCUUUUGAAUGGACCUCUUCUUGUCAAGAUGCUUUUGAUAAGCUGAAAAUUUUGCUCACCACAGCCCCUAUCAUGCAGCCCCCUGUUUGGUCUAUUCCUUUUGAGAUAAUGUGUGAUGCUAGUGAUGUAGCCAUAGGAGCUGUCCUUGGACAGCGUAGAAAUAAGUUCUCACAUGUCAUUUCUUAUGCAAGUAGAACUUUAAAUGGAGCCCAAAGAAAUUAUUCUACCACUGAAAAGGAAUUGCUUGCUGUAGUUUUUGCAUUAGACAAGUUUCGAACUUAUAUUCUUGGUUCUCCUGUAGUUGUUUUCACUGACCAUGCAGCGUUAAAGUACUUAUUGUCGAAGAAGGAUGCUAAACCACGGUUAAUCAGAUGGAUUCUUCUUCUACAAGAAUUUGACCUUAUCAUCAAAGACAAGAAGGGUGCAGAAAAAGUAGUUGCCGACCACUUGUCUCGGCUUACAUUUGCUGAAAAGGAUCACACUAUCCCUAUCCUUGACUCUUUUCCUGAUGAACAAUUAAUGUCAGUUGAAAAUUUACCUUGGUUUGCUGAUAUUGUUAAUUUUUUGGUGACAGGACAAACUCCACUCCAUUGGAGUGCUCAAGACAUACGAAAAUUCAAGCAUGAGAUUUCAGAAUUGGAUGAGCUUAGGCGAGAUGCAUAUGACAAUUCCAAAUUGUCAAAGGAACGCAUGAAGGUAUUACAUGACAAGCACAUCCAAAGAAAGAAUUUUGAGCCCAAUGAGCAAGUCUUACUUUACAAUUCCCGCCUCCAUCUAUUUCCAGGCAAAUUAAGAUCGAGGUGGAGUGGGCCUUAUGUAGUUAAGGCUGUGUUUCCAUAUGGAGCUGUUGAGAUUACUAAUCCUCAAAAUGGAAACACUUUCAAAGUUAAUGGCCAACGACUUAAACAUUUUUUGGCAAAACUUUCACAUGAGGAUACUUCCAUUCCUUUGGAAGAUCCCACUUAUUCUCAUGGUCCUUAGCUAAUUUUUGUUUUG